AUGAAGUUCUCCGUGGCUGCCCUCUUCCUCCUCAUCCUCAUCUUCACUACUUCUGCUGUUCACAGCCAGCCAAAGGUUCCUGACGGGGUGAACCUUCCACCCACCUGCUGCGUGAAGUAUCACGAGAAAGUACUGCCAAGGAAACUGGUGGUGGGAUACAAAAAGGCCCUCAGUUGUCACCUGCCAGCAAUCAUCUUCGUCACCAAAAAGAACCGACAGAUCUGCGCCAACCCCAACCUCAAGUGGGUCCAAGACUACAUCGCGGAUCCCACCGUACCUUUGCAGCCCUCCCGGAGGUCGGCCUAGGUCACCGUCAUUACAUCACAGAAAGGCCAACCCCCGCUCCUUGACAUCAGGCCUCAGCGGAAGCCCAAGUUCAAGAAUGAACAAAGGUGUCACCCUGUGAAAAUGCAGACCACCCUGUGGUCCGAGUGACAGGGCCACACUCACAGAAGCAGGCUAGUGAUCCAAAAAGUAACUGAAAGUAUUUUGACUCUCUUCUCAGUCUCUGGAGGAAACGCCCAAGUUAGGGGAGGAGGGUAGGAGACAUUCCUAGUGCACAGAAAAGCACCUUUCACACCCUCCUCCUUGCCCUGCUUUCCAGUCCUCACCGCACUCCAGUACACCUGCCACCCUAAAUAAUCACGGCCAGCUUCCACCCAGCCAGACCGCCUCUGGCCUCUGACUCAUUAAACACCCACAGGACUCUCGGCUUUUCCUGUCCAUCCUUAUCCCCUUUCUAGAUCUCUUUUUCCUUCUAUUAUUCUCUUCUUUUAAAACAUAACUUUUUCUUAGCAAGCCAAGGUCGGAACGUUCAGACACUAAUGAUUUUUGUCCCUGUCGCAGAGUCUUGGCUGGGUCCCCUGACAUUGGAUCUUCCCAGGGUGGUAUGGAGAGAAAGAACAUUGAAACAAAAGAGGAGAUGUGACGCCCGAGGUCCCGUGCUAAGCUUUGCAGGGCAAGGGAAGGGCAGGAGACUAGGCUGGGGGUAAAAAUCUUGGUCCAAAACUCAGCCAUUCAAUAAAUAAAAUUUCCUUUACGGCCGACUUGA